AUGUCUGAGGAAACCAAUUCUAUCUUUUCAACUAUCAAAUAUUACAAAAAUAAGUUGAAAUUUCCCACUUUUCCAAAGUAAUCUAGUGAACUGGAUGAGGGUAAAGAAUAAAAGGAGCUAUUGUUUUCUAAUUCAAAAUAGAGAAAAGAUGAAAGUUAUCGUUUCCUAAAGGAAUGGGCUGAUAAUAGAAGAGAAAUCUUGGAAAAAAAUAAAUCUCAAAUCGAAUGGCUAGCCAAUAUUUGCGAUACAAGGGCUAGACUAUCAGGCGAAUAUCUAUAAAUUGUAUACAAAUUCUUUAAUGAAAAAUACUAUCAUGAACAAUAAUAUGGACAAUUCUUACUAACUAAACCUUAACCAGCACUUAAAUAAAAUCCAUUGAGCCAAUAACUAUAUUCAGAUAUCAGUUAAGCCAUCUCUUUAUUUGAGGAGGCUAACCUAAAAAGAUGUGAAAAAGUAUCUAAUUUUUCUCACACAUUAUCAACUUAAAUAUUAAAAGUGGAAAUUCUCCAAGACCUAUUAGAAAUGGAUAAGAGAUCGAAUUAAUUGUUAAGUUGUAUAAUUGCCCAGAAAAAAUAAUUAUAAAAGUAUCAUUAACAAUCCACUCAAAAGCUUAAAGCUAUCACAAACUUGUUUCCUUAGUAGUAAUCUUAAAGAGUAAGAAAACCAAUUUUUGAUAAUCCAAUUUAAAAUGAAUAAUAAAAUUAAAAUAUAGAAUUAAAAUAAAAUUAAGAAAUAGAAAAAUAGAAUGAAGAGCCCUCAGUAAUAAAAAUUAACGAUAUCAGUGAAGUACUGGCAGAUGAGUAAAUAUAAGUGAGCAUCAAUUCCGAAUAAUCAAAAGAAAAUAUAUUUGAAUAAUCAUAAUCAUAAUCAUGUGUAUUGUAAUAGAGUAGCAUAUCAGAUGAUUAAUAAGGUAAAGAAUAGGAGCUUUUCAAAGAGAGAUAAUAACAAUUUGAAAAGAGCAAAUAAAGAUCAACCAUUUACCAAUCCCAAACUCUACCUUACCCCUCAACUUAAAAUGAAAAUUAAGUUUAAUAAUAUUAAUCGACAGUAGAUACAUAUAAAUUAAUGGCAAGCUAUAUGGCAAAAUAAUCUUAUACAAUCAAGUUAUUGAAUUAAUUAGUUGAGCAGGUGAAAUAAUAUUGGAAACAUGUUGUAAUUAUGGAAUAAAAAAGAAUGAAAUGGGCAUAGGAUUCUUGUUAGAUUUAUAAAGAUGGAAUUCGUGAUGUUCAUAAUUUUGAUGUAGAAUUACCCGAGUUUAAAUAGGAGGUAGAAUAAUACUACAGUAUAAAUAAUAUUUUUCCUAAUUCAAAUUGUUUUGAGAACAUAAAAGAUUAAGAUGAGUUCUGCAAAUCUUUAAUAAUCAAAGAACUUGGAUGUUAGGCUACCAGAUUGCUGUUAGUUAAAGAAUUCAAAGUUAAUGUAGUUGAGAAAAACAGUGAGUUACCAUCAAUAUUAGUCAUUACAAUUGAUAAAUUUAUUGGUUGCUGGCUCAAAUAUGACGACUCCAUUGAUGCAAUUGAUGUUCCAGUUUUUCAUUAUCCAACAAUUGAGAUAUCAAUUUAAAAAGUUGGUGAAUUAAUUUUAGAUAUUAUACCAUCUAAAAAUCUCUUGUUUUUGAACAUUAAUAAUGGUAAGCAAAGAAGCAAAAUAAAAUUUGCUUGCAUCGAUGACAUGGAAGAAUUUAUUACAAUAAUUAAACAUUGA